GCCAUCUAACAUAAUCGCGAGACCUCAGUUCCAACCAUUCGCUCUCUUCUCUUACGUUAACGUAGACUUCAUGUCCGUUGAGAUGCGCAAACUACUAUAUCUCUCGUGAUGCCCGCCUAUUACUUCCACAUUACUUUCGAACUCUACCCAUCGAGGUCUUCCCCAGAAACGACGUACACCCCACCUCCACAAACCGACAUCUUCACCUCCAGUCUUCCCUCACACGGCUCGUCACCCUGGGGCAUACCUACUCCCAGCUCGGCAAAGUCCAGUUUCUCCAAAUCUCCCGUCUCAAGCAGCGACGUGAACCGCCUCACUCGUGCCCGCGAACGACCGCCAGCUCCCCGUCGCUUCAGUCAUCGUGCUCAACAAACCUUCCCCGAGCUUCACGACAGCCCCGUACCGAUCGUUAAGCCCCCGAAGAGACCGGCACACAGGCGGACGCAAAGCUUUGCCCCCAGAGAUUGGCGCUUCGACACCAUCUCCAUCCAGAGCAUCGACAUGAAUCCCAGUCCAAGCGAGGAAGGCACCAUCCGGGCGCUCAAGCAACCUUCACAUGCAACGAGCUCCGGGGGACUAGCUACCAAGGGCAAAUUCAUACCUUCGGACCUCAAGGACACAGAAGUGGGAUGGGGUGUUGUUCAUCUGUAUAGAGAGGGAGAGGAGACACCCGGUCUAUACGAUGAGGUCAAGGAUGGCGCUUUCAACGAAGAGGACUGCACAACAUUAUGCAUACUUGCGGUGCCAUCGUACAUGACACCCUCAGACUUGCUAGGUUUCAUGGGAGAGCAGACGAGGGAGCACGUCACUCAUUUCCGUCUGGUGCGGACGAGUAGAGCGAACAAGUAUAUGGUCUUGAUGAAGUUCCGGGAAGCUAAGAAGGCGCGAGAGUGGCGGAAAGAGUGGAAUGGCAAAACAUUUAAUAGCAUGGAGCCUGAAUACUGCCAUGUCGUCUUCGUCAAGUCUAUAAGCUUCCAAACAUCAUCGGAUGGCACCAACCACGACCCAUCCUCAUAUCCGGACCUCACCAACGAUCCAUUCACGCCUGCUUCUACCAAAGAGCCCACUGCUCCCCUCCCAUCGACAGUCGACUCACACUCCCUGACCACGAAACCCUUCGCACCGCCGACCCCUUCGCUCGUCGAGCUGCCAACAUGCCCCGUCUGCCUCGAACGCAUGGACGAAACCACCGGGCUGCUCACAAUCCUCUGCCAACACGUCUUCCACUGCGCAUGCCUCGAGAAGUGGCGGGGAUCAGGCUGUCCCGUCUGCCGAUACACACAAAACGACGCGUUCGCGAGCCUACGCGACGGCGACACCCCAGACAAUGAAUGCAGCGUGUGCGGCUCGACCGCCAACCUCUGGAUCUGCCUCAUCUGCGGCAACAUCGGCUGCGGACGCUACGACUCGGCGCACGCCUUCGCACACUACGAAGCCACCUCGCACACGUACGCCAUGGACGUCGUCAGCCAGCACGUCUGGGACUACGCGGGCGACGGCUACGUGCACCGACUCAUCCAGAACAAAUCCGACGGUAAGCUCGUCGACCUUCCCGCCUCCCACACCUCGACCACGUACGCCCCGUCCAGCAUGACCGGCUACUCCAACGACACGGUGCCGCGGGAGAAACUCGACAACAUGGGCAUGGAGUACGCCUACCUCCUGACCUCGCAGCUCGAGUCGCAGCGCGCCUACUUCGAAGAGCAAGUCGAGCGCGCCGCCGACAAGGCCGCAAAAGCCGCUUCCUCCGCCGACGACGCCAACCGCGCGGCUGCCUCCCUCUCCGCGUCCCUCGCACGCCUCGAAUCCCGCCACGCUGACGCGCAGGCCAGCAUCGCGGCGCUCGAGCGCGACAACACACGCAACGCGGCGCGCGCGGCUUCCGCACAGGACCUCGCCCGCAGCCUGACGAAGCAGUUCAAAGAAGAGCAGACGAUCAACGAGGCCCUGAUGACGAGGAUCGCGUUCCUAGAGGGGAAAGUCAAGGACGCGGAUGACAGGGCGAAAGCGGCCGAGGAGCAGAAAAGGGACCUCGAGGAGCAGAAUCGAGAUCUGAGUUUCUUUAUAUCGGGGCAGGAGAAGUUGAAGGAAAUGCAGGGGAACGAGGUGUUGGGACUGCAGGAGGGGGAGGUCGAGGCUGCGUCGGUGGAGGUUGGGGAGAAAGGGACUGGGAGGAGGAAGGGGAAGGGGAAGAAGAAGAACUGAGGUGAAGUACUUGUUCAUUCAUUCUCCUCGUAGGAUUUGAUAGUAUUCAUUUCUCUCAGUCUUUUCCUUGUAGCGAACAGACGGACGGACGGGCAAAAAAGGAGUUCCUUUGCGAUUUUUACGAUACCCCCUUGGUUCCCCCCCCCCACUUAGUUAUAGAGAGUGAAAAAGAGUGCCC